CGGCUGGACCACUGAGAGCUCUGCAGCUGUGGAGAGACGCACAGACAUGUGGGAUGCCCUUGUUUGCCUGGGUGAGCAGCCAAGUUGCAGCCCAUCUCCAGCUUCGUACCAGCUGCAGAUCUAAGGCAGCUGACUGCCCUGCCAAAAAAACAAAACACGUCGAGGACCGGGGAGUGGCUUGUGCUAGUGCUGAAUAAUGAUGAUCCCAGCACGCCUAUAAAACAAUGGGGAGCAGAGCUCACCCCAUAGCUGUUUCCUUCGGCCCUAGUCCUCCGCAGAGCAUCACUCCACCUCACCCGCCAAGGUCCACUUCCCACCUGCAUCCCAGCACAGCCAUGCUGGGCAUAGCAGUGAGGUUCUCAGUCCUGCUCGGCCUCCUCGGCUUUGGGAAAGGCCAGAUGUUUCACAUGGGACCAUGCCCAGAUCCAUCAGUCCAAGAAGACUUCGAUAUCAACAAGUAUUUGGGAAAAUGGUAUGAGAUAGAGAAGCUGCCAUCAAGUUUUGAGAAAGGAAGAUGCAUCCAGGCAAACUACUCGCUGAAGGAGAAUGGGAAGUUCAAGGUGAUCAACAAGGAGCUGCUUUCCAAUGGCAAAGUCAAUGAAGUUGAAGGAGAAAUCAUGCAUUUGGAUGUAAAGGAGCCAGCCAAGAUGGGUGUCCGCUUUAACUGGUUCAUGCCUUCUGCCCCGUACUGGGUCAUCUCCACUGACUAUGAAAAUUACUCACUGGUGUACUCCUGCACUAACAUCCUCUGGCUCUUCCAUGUUGACUAUGCCUGGAUUUUAUCAAGAGCUCCUGAGAUGCACCCAGAAACUGUGGAGCACCUGAAGAGUGUUCUCCAGUCCUACAAGAUUGACACCGAUAAAAUGAUGGCCACGGAUCAACUUGACUGUCCUGCUGAGAUGUAACUCCUGCCAUGCAAUGACACAGCGCCAGACCAGUGCUGAACUUUGUUGCUUUCUUUAUUAUCCAUUAGAAUUUCUCUAUGUAACAGAGAAACGUAAUAAUCCUUUCACUAACGGUAGUUUGCCAGCCCUGAGUUACUCCUUGCUGUUGUUCCCUCUGUCGCUUUCCCACCUUUUUCAUCUCACUCUGACAUUCUUAGAGUAACUGACUGACUGAAAGCUCGUGGGUGAAGAAAAGAAACCCUGAAAUGCAGACAUGAAGCUCUGCUGUUGCUGUGAGUCCUCCAGUGCGUGGAUGCAAAAGGGUAUGAGAUGUGAUGUAGAAGCGUUAGUCCUCGAGAAAAACCUUUCAUCAUGUGCCCCCAGAUUUGUUUCCCGGUUUUGUCUUGACACUUCUGGGUCUGCUCGAAGUCUACAGAGUCUGAGAUACAGUGUGGGCACUGCCCUCCCAACAGCAACACAAACACAGGGUUGGGGGGAGUCGAUCCUGCAGCCUGAGAACUGAAACUGGGGGUCUUUCAUGUGUUCUGGUGCAGGCCUGUGGGUGCCAGCAAACCUCCUCACUAGAAAUCAGAUCUGUCCCUUUGUAUUCAAAGUCUAAGAAGUCUAAAAAUGUCCAGAAAUUCAGCAUGACCCCAUUCCCAGUGUCUGCACGUGACCUGCCUCAAGUGAGGCUGGUCCUGCACUCCCAAGGGGUUAGCCAAGCAGUACUGCCAAGCAGGCGGAAAGAGAUGGGGCUGCUCCCUUGUCUUCUCCUCCCAAGGCUUUUCCCUGAACACAGAGAGAUGGCUGGCUCUGCCUGACAUCUCGCUCACUGCUUUUGUAUGUGCUGAGAGCCUGCUGGCACUGCAUCUGCCCUGGCAGGUGUUCACCAGGCACCACGACAACUCUGCUUGAAUAGCAUUGAUGCAACUCAUUAAAAAUUAAAUCAAAAUAUCCGCUUCAGGGUGUUUGUACCUUUCCAGCUGCAGAACCAUUUCGAGCAGGCUGUGGGGCUCAGUGUGCGGCACCUUUCCCUCCUCUGAGGCCGCGGCA